AGACCUAUAUUAUUUUAUUUUACUAGGAAAGUUACAACACAUAGAAUAACUGAUUAGAUAUGGGCAAACAUAUUAUACUUGUGCAUGGUUUCCUUCUGUGUGGAACUGGUUCAAAUAUAUAUUGUUUUAAUUUGGCACAACAAUGGAAGAAACAGGGCCAUUCAAUCACUAUUUUUUGUCAAGAUCCAGAUGCUGGCUCAUAUGAUUGGGUGGAUGAAUUUUAUGGACCUAACGAUGAACUUCCAAAAGAAGCACCACCUCCAGGUUUAGUGAGGGUUUGGACCCCAGACAUCGCUGGUUUACUGCCUGUGUAUCAGUAUGACGAAUAUAAAGGCUACACUGUAAAAACAAUUCCUAAUUGCACUGAUGAGGAGAUUGACAGACAUGUGAAUAUGAUGUCCAAAGCCAUACGGAAAGUAGUCGAUAUGUGGGGUUGUGAUAAAGUCAUAGCAAACCAUGCUAUUUUGCAACCACUUAAUGUCAAACGAGCACUGGAGGGAACAAAUGUACCAUUUGACAUAAAAAUACAUGGAAGCUCCAUUACAUUUGUCCUCAAAAAGUUUCCUAAGUAUAUGCCACUAGCUGUAGAAGCUAUCAAUGCAUGCAACAAAGUAAUUGCUGGUACAGAGCAUGUGGUUAACCAGGUAAACGAGACAUUCCCUGAUUUUGAUCUUUCAAAGAAGUUGGUAAUUGUUCCUCCUGGUAUGGAUCCAGAAGUGUUUGAUUUAUGCACCAGUAUCCAAUCAAAUACAACAGCAUUUUUAAAAGAGUGUGAGAAGCAUAUUUCUGUGGACAAUAACAGUCGUUUGGCAUCAAAGGUUACAUUGCCAGCUAAAGGUGAAUGGAACAAGGCCUUUCAUAGUGAGUUGGUGGAGUUGAGCAAAACGUAUAAUCAACGUGUUGUUGAUGCUGAUAUUGUGGAGCGAUUUCCCAAGAUAUCUGAGGAUGAACCUAUUCUUAUAUUUUUUGGAAAGUUUUUGUAUACCAAAGGUAUUGGUGAAAUUCUGAUGACCUUUCCCCAGCUGGUAGCAAAACAUCCGAAGCUUCGAUUAAUUUUGGUUGGUUUUGGAAUCUAUCGAGAGCAUUUAGAACUAAUGAUUCAGUCAAUGGUAACUGGCAAUAAACAGUUGUUUAAAGCUGCAGCUCAUUGUCCAGAUGAACAGGGAUAUUCUUUUUUAGAGUCUAGCAUAAAUAUCGAAGAACAUUUUAUUCAACUAAGUCAGGAACAGGCUGAUCGCAUUUUAAUUACUGGAUGUCUUAACCACAAGGAGCUUGGCUUACUCUUGCCUAUGGCAUCUAUCUCCCUUGUUACCUCAAAAGCUAAUGAAGCGUUUGGAAUGGUCUCGGUUGAAGCUUUAUCUGCUGGUGUUUUACCUUUGUGUGUUUAUCAUUCUGGUAUUAAAGAUGUGUUGGAUAAGUUAAAAGAAACGGAACCAGAGCUGGAGGGCCUUAUGAACAUUCCUGCUGUACCUGGAGGGGAUUUUGGUGCUUCCAAUGGUGCAGAAUUGUUAAAGGUUUUACCUGCGAAAGUUCUAAAGGCACUGGAUUAUUUAUAUCCACCAAAUUCGAGCAGUGUUGAUCAAUUUGAACAUCGUAAAGAGAUUGGUAAAAAGUUACGCAAGGUUGCUGAGGAAGCAUGGUCAUGGGACGGUAUUUGCAAAACAUUAGCAGAACUAUAAAAAUGUCAACGUUAUGUUUGUUUUUUGGUUUUUUUAUUAAAAAUUUUAUGUGGAGAUUGGGUUAGUUUGAUUGUUAUUUAUUAGCUUAGACAUACAGAAGGGUAAAGGAAGGAAUAUGUAACAAGAAUUGAGGAAUUCUAAUAAACAUAUCCUUUUAGCGCUUAUCCUUUUAAAAAAUAAUUAUUUGGUGCUUUACUUAAUAAGUGAAACUAUUACAAUAGAAUUUUUUAUAAUAUUAGAUAUUUUAUUUAAAAACAUUUUUAUUUACAGCUUUUGUGUUAUGUUUUCAUAAUGUUUAUUUUGUCUGCUUGUGACAAGUUUGUGGUUUUUAGAACUGUUAUUGUUGAUGUUAUUUUUAUAAGUUUACAUUGGACAUAAGAAAAGCCUUGUCCACUUUUUUGUUGAUUGUGAGUAUGUGGUCAUGUUUUACUUUCUUUAUUAAACUACUAAGAAGUAUUCUGAUCAGUUGUGUUUAAUAUUUAAUGAACAUAGUAUUUUUAUUCAUUAAUAUCACAAUUUCUUCUCUGG